AUGACACAACGAGCGUACGUGAAGGAGCUUCUUAAUCGCUACGAGAUUGAUACCGAAGCUAGUGUGCCGAUCAAUAAGUGGACAGAGCCCGAAGGGGCCGAGGCGGCUACUAUUGAUCAGAUUCGGGAAGCGCAAGCUGUGACAGGUGCACUGUUGUGGUUGGCGACUCGCACGCGACCAGAUAUUGCAUAUGUUGUGGCACGAUGCGGGCAACAGGCGACGAAAUCGCCGCUGCUCUCAAUUGCGCUGGGUCGACAAGCCCUUGCCUACUUGAAGACGACGAUCGACAUGGGGAUCGAUGUGCCUUUCCAGCUCGGGGAUACUUUUUCGAACCAUGAACUUCUGUCACUACCUCGCAACGACCGCGUGCUGGAAUUGUAUACUGACGCUUCCAACAGCCCUGGAGGGGAAUGCUCUAUGCAAUCGAUUUUGUUGUGUGGCGUAGUGUGCCCUUGGCGUGGGAAGUGA